CUGGAUUAUGUAAUCUUGAUUUGGGGGUUCAACCACGCCAAAGCCCAAACCAAGUUGCAGCUUUCUUCCUGCGCUACACAAUCAGUGCUGCCAGUCGCGACAUUCAAUCCCUUUAGCGUCAAGGCAAUCGACGAUACAAUCUGCUUGGGCAAACAACACAAAAACAUCAACACUUCGUUGUAUCAUCAGCACUGCGCCUCGCUUGCCCCAGCGAAAACGAAACAGCCACGCGCUACACCGCGCAAGCAUGUCGGACGCAGCGUCGCCCGUUGCGGAAUCACCCGUCGCACCACCCGGCAACGAGGUUGUCAACGAUGGCCAAGAGGAGGAGUUCCAAGAUGAGCUGGCCGCAGCCGACUCAGAUCGCGACUCCGAUGCUCUCUCUGAAGUAGACGAGAAUCUCAUCGAAGACUACGAUCCUGCGGCGGCGAGUAUCGAGGAUCGACCUGUCGAGAUUGACGAAGACGUCGCCCGGACACUGAAGGCAUCGAAGCGUAAAACGGCCGAUGGCCCAGCAAAGAAGCCUCGGGAAGGUCGUCGCGAGAAGAAGAAACGGAACGAUGAGGAGGACAUGCAAAUUGAUGGCGAUUCGUACGGACAGAAACCUCGCAGGCAAAGACGCACAGCUGCUGAGGGCGAGCGACGAUCAAAACCCCAGGCUGCGGAGCCGGAGCCGGAGAAUGAAGAUCAUCUGAGCCCCGAGGAAAAGCGAAAGCGCGCCAUCGAUCGUGCGUUGGACGCGGCCAUCAAGAAGCCUGCCGGCAGCCGGCGGAAGAAGAAGGAUGAGAUCGAUCUCGAGGACGAAAUCGAUGAUCUUCUGGCCGAGCUCAAGAUUCGAAUGGAGCAUGCCUGCCAGGCCGACAAUGAGGCACGCGAACAGGGCCAGCCUGCGCUGCACAAGUUGAAGCUGUUGCCCGAUGUGACAGGCAUCUUGAACCGCAACAACGUUCAACAUGCCGUGUUGGAUCCCGACACCAACUUCCUCCAACACGUCAAAUUUUUCCUGGAGCCCCUCAACGACGGCUCGCUUCCUGCCUACAACAUUCAGCGCGACAUCUUCCAGGCACUCACGAAGCUGAACAUUGAGAAGGAGACGCUGCUUAGUAGCGGCAUUGGAAAGGUUGUCCUAUUCUACACCCGCAGUAAAAAGCCCGAGGCGAGCAUCAAGCGCAUGGCGGAGAGGCUACUGGGAGAGUGGAGCAGACCUAUUCUCAAGCGCACGGAUGACUACAAGAAGCGCCACAUCGAAACGCGCGACUUUGACUAUCAGGCUGCCAAGAUGGCACAGCGUGCGAAAGCCAACUCUCAGUUCAGCCUGACCCAGCGCCCAGCGCAGAAGGAAGACGGCAAUCGUGCCCGGGCUGGAGGGCUGCCAUCCAGCUACACGAUCGCUCCACGCAGCACCUUUGAGGGCACGGGCGGCACGGAUCACCGUCCUCUUGGUGCGGGCGGUAUGGACGCCUUCCGCAGAAUGACACAGAAGAAGAAGAAGGCUACCUAGUGGUCCACGUGUACCAUAGCUGUAUUGACAUGGGAUGGGUCGGCGUUGGGGAUCAGGCGUCACUUUCUCUCUUUUCGUACAAUGCAUAUCAAACGAGUGCAGCAACUGCUCAUUGAAAAGCUGCGCGAUAUUACUGUGCAUGCAUUACCAUUUUAGGCUGUCAGGAUGCGACCUGGUGA